CUUUCUUCUCCUCUUGUCCGGUGGCGCUCCAGCCCUGCACACCAUGGCUACCCAGCGCACUGCGCUGGGGCUGCUUUUCCUUGGAGCGGUCGGGGCCUUCCCGACGACACGAGCCCCAUGUGAAUCCAGCAUCCUUCACAAUAAGUCAGCUUCAAGUUGUUAUUGCUGCCCAUCAGAUUAUGUGUCUUGGAAGUCAUGUCCCCAAAAGCCCCAAGACUGCAUAAAGAAGUGUGGUGAGGACCAUUACAUGGAAAAUGAGCGGAAACCCCGAUGCCAGUCUUGUGUUACCUGCCUUGAAGAUGACCUGGUGGAGAAGUCUUCUUGCACCUGGAACUCCCCUCGGGUCUGUGAAUGCCGGCCUGGCAUGUUCUGUGAAACAGCAGCUGCCAACUCCUGUGCCCGUUGUACAAAACACUCCCUGUGCCCACCAGGAAAGAGAGUUCAACUCCAAGGCACCUUGGAGAAGGACACUGUCUGUGAGCCCUGCCCCCCUGGGACCUUUUCCAGCCACAAAUCCAGCAGCAAGGAUUGCCAGCCUCACACCAGGAUCCCAGAUACUACAGACCCUUCUAACACCACAACUGACCCUUCCAACCAGAGUUCCACCCCUGGCAUUGGGACCAUCUCACCAUCUCUCACAGGAAGACCCAAUCCAGGCUCUGAGUCUCUUUUCUGGCUGGUGACGAUCUUUGCUGUGACGUUUGGCUUUGUUCUCUUCCUGAUCUGUCAGCAGAGAGCCUGCAGGAAGGGGAUUCUGCAGAAGUUUCACCUGUAUUCUGGCCAAACCUUCCAACCCGAGAAACUGUCUACUGGAUAUGGACCUGGGACAAAUUGCCAACAGCCUGGGAGUCUUUCAAAGAAUUCGGAGAUCUCUGAAAAGCAAGGGUUAAUGAGUAGUCGUUCUGCUCCAGAGAUGAACUGCCACGUGACCUCCUCCAGGGAUCUGGAUCUGAAAGCUACUGAGAAUCUUGGCCCUGGGGACCUUCCGGAGCCCAGGGCCACCACCACGGAACACACCAAUAACCAGAUUGAGAACAUCUACAUCAUGAAAGCCGACACAGUGAUUGUGGGGUCUGUGGCUAGAGUGUCUGAAGGCAGGAACCCCGCCACGACCUUGGAACUUGAGGAGGAGACCCUGGCGGCAGACCGGUCUACCCAUUACCCAGAGCAGGAGACGGAGCUGUCCCCUGGGGGGCACACUGAAGUCAUGUUCUCUGUGGAGGAGGAAGGCAAGGGCUACCACUGGCCGACAGCUGUGUCUGCAGAGUGAAGGCCGGCCUGGGCCAGAGGAAGGAGGUCAGGCAUCUCCGAGAGGGAGCUCAGGAAGCUGAGGCGACACCUGGGGGCUCAGCUGGGGGGCCAUUUCUCCAGGCCACGGGUCUCGGGCCCGAAGCCUGAGCUGACUUGCCUGAAUUGCUUUAUGGAUUAUGCUGGAAUGUUCACGUGGGUCUUCUGGCUUUGGCCAGACCUACAUUUUAAAGAAAGAAGAGACCCAGGGACAAGAAGGGAGCUGAACAGGAUGUUUGGUUUGCUGGGGGAGACAGAAGGGCUUAUCCUUCCCCAUCAUCUCUCCUUUGCUCCCCUGGAAGCCAGGCCCGGACCUCCAUUAGGGGGCCUGGAAUCCCUUUUGUCCAGAGGGGCUGGCUUUGGCCCUUGGUCAUGGUUUACUCUUCCCCCACAUCCAACACCCUUUGGUUCCCUUCCUGAAAUGCUUCUGAGGGACAGACUGGCACACGCCUUACUGUAAAUAUGCCACUCAGAGGAUGUGGGUGCCUCCAAAGUAGGUUCUCAACCAGUCCCCCGUGGGUGUGCCACCUGACUCAAAAGGGAAGUCCAACUGGGAUUUGUGUUCACAGUAUAGUGCCUCCUCUUCAGAUCGAGUGAGCCCUGGGCAAAGAUCAGUGGAUCACAGUUCAAGGGCACUCCUGCCUGGCAGGGGACUGGUGGGAGGCCCCUAGCUGCUGCUGACCAUUCCAAUCAAAAGGCCCUGUUGACCCACCAGUCUUAGUGAUAUCUGGGUAGAUACCAGGUGCCCAUCUUCAAUGCCAUCUUCCUUUGUACUCACUACUUCCUCAGUCCUCCUGGUAUCACCUGAAAUGACCCCCAUUUUGGAUAUGAGAUUUUCUAGUAGGCAGGGCCUACCUGUCAUCUGGAGUAGAAGUUUUCUAGACCCUGAGCCCCCUAACUUUCUUUCCCUUCUGGCUUAAACUGGUGGAGAGCAUGAAGGGAAACCUUGAAGUGAGGGAGAUCCAGGUUUAAAUCCUACCUGAUACUUAGCAGCUGUGUGACCCUGGGCAAGUCGUUUAAGUUCUUUUUGCCUCACUUUCCUUGUUGGUAAGAUAAGAGGUGAUACCGCCUAACUUCAUACCCUGAAAAGUAGAGGGGUAGAGGGAAGCAGUGGAGGAAAAUGGAAAUAGGAAAACGGCAAAAGAGCUAGACCCACCUGGAGCCUUUGGUUCUCCCUUAUGCAGCCUCCUCUUCUUUUUGAGGGAGUUUAUUGGCCCUCCCAGAAUGAUAAAGAAGUAACUUUAUGGGGAGGGGGGUCCCAAUGAUGGUUAAGUGACUUGCCCAGGAUCACACAGCUAGUAAGUGUCAAGUGUCUGAGGCUGGAUUUGAACUCAGGUCCUCCUGAGUCCAGGGACUGUGCUUUAUCCACUGCACCACCUAGUUGCCCCCUAGAAAAGUAACUUUCACUAAGAAUUGCUGAGCUUCAGCAUUCAUUCCUAUUAAAAACACUAGAGAGCAUAGGAAUAGGUGAUAAACAGUGUCUACUAAAACCGUCUGCAAACAUUAUAUGUAAUAAAGAUAAGUUAGAGGCAUUCCCAAUAAGAUCAGGAGUGAAACAGGAA